GUCUGAUUGACCCACGUCACCAUCUCGACUAACAUUCUUUUUAGAACUUCUUCACAAAGAAAACUUCUUCCGUUCCCACCAUUCUCUUUCGCAUCUUCUUCUUCUUCUUUGCUUGGAAAUAUCACGGCAAUUAGGGUUCCCCCAACCAAAAAAAAAAUCAUUGAAAAUGUCAGUCACCUACUUACCUCUCUCUUAAAUAUCUUCAAAGCUUCCAUCUUCCUCGCUCACUUCUCAGGUCUUCUACAAUGUCCAAGCCACGUGUCACCAUCACUCUCGGCCGCUCUGGUGGUCAGGUAGUAAAGGGGGAAGGAAAUAGAUCAGGCUAUGCCCACGCACAUCCUAGAGCUAAUGGAAGCAAAUGGUCCAGGGAAGAAAGAUAUAGGAGUAACGCCAAUGGUUUUUGGUCCCCGAACAAGCGGCAGCAAAGUAAUGGUAUCAAUCGGGGUCGUGGUGACAUUGGAGUGCAUGAUUCCCGGAUGAAUCCAAAUGAUCUGCGUUUGAAACUGAUAAACAAAAGAAAUAUGAAGCGAAUUCCAAGGGUUUUUGAAGAGAGAAGAAAGAUGGACCAAAGUCAAAAGUUGUCAAAAACUAUUCAGCCUGCAAGGCAUAACAUGCAGCAGCAAAGGUCUGAAUUAAAAGGACGUGCUUUUUUGUGGCGAACACCAGCCACAGAACGACCUAGAUCCCCAAAUAGAAAUCUGAAACCUUCUAGGGGACUCUCACCACAAAGAAAUUUCAAUGAGCUGCACCAAGUACCAUCGCUAAGGGCAGCUGAUAAUUCAAGAACUAGAUGGUUUUUAAGCAAUGAUGGUGCUUCUAGGCCAACAGGACCUCUAACUGUCAAAGGUCCUGAUACUUCAGAGCUAGUUAUGCAGCUUACACCAAUAGGUGGCAUUGGGCAGAAAAGUUUUCAUUCAGUGGAGGAAUCUCACACUGUCCCUAGCCUGUUGCAGUCGCUUGGUUUGGGGAAAUAUAGCAUUCAUUUCCGGGCUGAAGAGGUGGACAUGACUGCAUUGAAGCAGAUGGGUGAUAAGGACCUCAAAGAUAUGGGGAUACCAAUGGGACCGAGGAAGAAGAUUCUUCUUGCUCUGUGGCCUCAUUCCAGACGAGAACAACCAUAGCUGCAAACUUUUAUUGGCUGCACUUUGGAGUUUAUUUGUUACAUCUAUUACUUAUAGCUCGAGUAAAUAUAGACAAGCAUGGGGAGUGUAAGUAUUUUUUAGGUGGGGAUAUGAGUGUGUUGCUUUUCAAGAACCUGAAAUCUGUCUUGGAGAAAAAAAUGGAACGGUUUAUAUAUGUAAUGGGAUAUGGACGGUUGUGCUAGUGAAACAUCUAACUAUUUGUUUAAUCAAGAUAAUUUUUAUUCUCA